AAGUUGAAUAAAAAUGUAGACACCACUUUUUCUAUCUUAUUAUGGAUCACUCUCUGCUUGGUCUGUACAACUGUGGUUUAUGGUGGCAAAGUUCUCAUUUUUCCCAUGGACGGGAGCCACUGGGUGAACAUGAAAGUCAUCAUUGAGGGACUACAUUCAAGGGGUCACCAGGUGUCUGUUGUGCGAUCAUCAGACAGCUGGUACAUCAAGGAAACCUCCCCACUGUAUACUUCAAUAACACUGGAUUUGGACUCUGGAUUUGAUGAAGACUUUAUAACUGCGUUCGUGGCCCAGUUGCUGGAAAUCCAGAGGGAAGGGAAGUCUUUCUGGACACGUUUUAAACUGGAAAUGGAACAAGCACAAAAGGUCGCUGAGAUGCAUGAGAAAGCAUCCAAAAUGCUUGAGGCUCUUCUCGAAAACAAAGAUCUGAUGCAGUCGAUACAGGACACCAAAUAUGACCUUGUCCUUACAGACCCUGCUAUACCGGUGGGUGUAAUAUUUGCCCACUACCUGAGGUUGCCCCUCGUUUUCAAUGUCAGGUGGACGAGUCACGGUGAAGGCCAUUUUUCAAUUGCGCCUUCUCCUCUUUCUUAUAUUCCACUGACAGGAACCGAGCUUUCAGAUAAAAUGAGCUUUCUUGAGAGACUUCUUAAUGUUCUCACUUUUGGCUUCUGGGAAUUUCAGACAGCACAUUAUAUCGCACCAUAUUAUGUCAGCUUAAUUGAAAAAUAUUUAGGCCCGAACACAGACUACUCAUCUCUGUUUCAAGCAGCGGAUCUCUGGCUCAUGAGAGUGGACUUUGUGUUUGAGUUCCCUCGUCCCACCAUGCCUAAUGUUGUCUAUAUGGGAGGGUUUCAGUGUAAACCCUCAAAACCUCUUCCUCAGCACUUGGAGGAAUUCGUGCAGAGUUCUGGAGAGCACGGUGUCGUCAUCAUGUCUCUGGGCACUUUGUUUGCAGAGCUUCCCCAUGACCUUGCUGAGGAGAUCGCAGCGGCUUUUGCUAAAUUACCUCAAAAAGUCAUCUGGAGAUAUAAAGGUGUCAGACCAGCGGCUCUGGGCAACAACACUUUACUAGUCGACUGGAUGCCGCAGAAUGACCUUUUAGGACAUCCCAAGAUAAAAGCAUUCGUGGCUCACGGAGGAACAAACGGAGUUCAAGAGGCAAUUUAUCAUGGAGUUCCUAUUGUGGGACUUCCAUUGAUUUUUGAUCAACGUGAUAAUCUGCUUAGAAUUGAAGUAAGAGGAGCUGGGAAGAUAAUUGACAUUUUUACAAUGAAUGAAGACAUCUUCUUUGAGGGAAUUCAGGAAGUCCUACACGAGCCCUCUUACAGGAUGAACAUGCAGAGGCUCUCCAGGCUGCACAGAGAUCUGCCAAUGAAGCCGCUGGAUACCGCCCUCUUCUGGAUAGAGUUUGUCAUGAGACACAAAGGUGCAGCUCACCUGAGAACAGAGUCCUACAGACUGCCCUGGUAUUCCUACCACUCUGUGGAUGUGAUACUCCUGUUGACUGGAGUUAUGCUGAUUAUUCUGGCCUCCUUUGCUGCCUUAAUAAGGUGUUUAUGCUCUGUGUGUUUGAGAACAAAAAGUAAACGUGAUUAA